AUGACGAGCGAGAGGUGCCUCGCCGUCGAUUGGCUGCCGGUUGCCACGGCGGUGGUCCUCGGCCUCAUCGUCAUCAUCGGCUUUGUCAUUCUCUGUCUCUGCGCCAAGCUCUGCUUCAAGGACGGCAACUAUCGCAAGGGUGGCGUAGAUGUGCCCCGAAAGCCGACGCUGAUUAGAUAUUGGAAGCACGAGCACUCGCUUCUUGGCGUGCUUUGGCAGAAGCCGCCGUAUCCAACCAAUCAGGUCGAGCUUGAUCGCAAGCGCAAGGUCAUGCUCCUCGCCCUCAUGUUCUUCCUCAACUUUAUGGUCAUCGGCUUUAUCUCGCUCUUCACGCCCUCGUUUCCGUCGUGUGCACAGGCGCGUGACGCCAUGGAGAACGCGCGGCUCGACCGGGCCGGGCCCAACUACAUCCCAUUCCUGGUCGGCUACAACCGCGAUCUGCGGUCGUACCGUUACGACGACUCGGGCUCGGCAGCGUUCACAAAGUACAAGGCCCGGGCACAAUCGGCCAACGUCGGCGUCGCCGAGGAGCGUCCGUGCUGGGAGUAUUGCCGGUCGGCCAACGCCACUGUUCCAACUCGCGACUUCAUCUCACGGCUGCUCAUUUUCUCGCGGACGCUGGUGGACAACCGGCUCGAGUGCGACCAGGUGCUCAACGACGCGCUCCGCUCGUCGCUCGUCUGCUACGACUACCGGUGGAAGGGUGAUGACACCUGCGAUUCGUCAAUUCUUGUCUCGCUUUCGUCGACCGAGUUCAUUCUCCGCGGCAUCCUUGUUGUCUUUGUCGUCCUCCCCAUCGUUGUGGUCUACAAGCGGCUACUGCGAUGCACAGAAUCGGAUCACACGCCUUGCAUCGGGCAGUUCUUUGCCUACCCGUUCAUCAUCAUCAUUUUCGUCAUUUCGUUCAUCCUCGCCUGGGUCCUUGCCGUCUCGCUGCAAGGCGAGGUCGUGGGCGACUUUACCAUCUCAUUCCUCUUCUCGUUCCUUCUCUCACUCUUGUUCGAGUUCCCGAAACUUGGCUUCUUCUACAUCAUGUACAAGGGCAAGCGCCUCGAAAGGGUGUACCUCGAGGCUACUGGGCGGCACAUGGAGAACGGCGUGCUGGUGGUCGACUCACUGACGUCGUCGUCGUCGGCGCAGUCGGUGUUUGAUCUCGAGGCGUUUGAGGCCGACCACGGGAAGGUCAAUGACAACGGCUCGGCCACCGUCGUCCUGCGCCAGGCUCCGGGCUUCCAAUCGCCGUAUGCAAACAACCAGCAGCAGAGCCAGUACCGCCCGCCUCCGGGGCAGCCUUAUGGGGCUCCCCCGGUCAUGUCUCCCUAUCCUGGCGCCGAUCCCGGUUACGGCGCUGCGCCGCCUGGGGCUCCAUACGGCGCCCCGCACCCGUAUGCCGCCACAAGCGGCGCUUACGGCGCCCCGGUACCAGGCGCCCCGUACGGCGCCCCGAUGUAUGGCCGCCGCUGA